AUGACUUACCUUCUAGCCAUAAACCCAAUAUUUGCGGCUAUUUUAAUGAUUGAAGAUCAGCAUGAAGUUAAGCAAUUUUAUUUAAAUAUUCUCUCGAAUAAUGUGCCUCCUAACUUCUUUUCGAAGAAUUUCAUCGCUACAACAACGACGACUCCAAAUUUCAAGAUUGCUGUCAAAAUUCUAAUGAUCGAUGUUCUAUACGCAGUAGUUGUGUCUUGCGCAUUCCCAAUUGUCGCUUAUUCGAUACUUUAUUCGUGUAAAGAUUCAACAUCUGAAGUUGUCGCAAAAGCUCACAAAGAAUUCCUGAAAAACACACUAUUCACGGCUAUUAUUUUCUUCGUAUUCGUGCUCAUCCCAUUCGCUUGUAUAGUCGUCUGCACGGAAUUGAAUUUGUAUGAUCAAAUUCUUACUAGCACUGUGUUUUUCUUGAUCAACUUUCAUGGAUUUUCUUCAACGACGACAUUACUUAUCACGAACAAGCCUUAUCGAAAGAUGAUCGCGAGACAUUUGAGGAUCAGUAUGUUGAUAUCGUUAUCAAUUAAUAAGUUCAAUUCGAAUCUUGAAGUCACUCGUCAAGAGGUUCAUUAUCGCGUUUCGUCCGAUUCGGUGAAAUGA